GGACGGUUGCUUUUUAUCUGCAUUACACAGACUUCAGAGAUUCAUAUCACCACCACUCUUAAGAGUUCAUGAAUACAUCUUUUGGAAAACAGCUUAAAAUGAAAUAUUAUGAGAUAUUUCUCUUUCUUCUAUUAAUGAUCAUGGCUGUCUCAACAAAUGCUCAAGAAGUUACCUGUGAGGGGGAACAACUCAUCAAUGUUGACAUUUUAACUGGACAUCCAGGUAUCGUUUCACCUUAUAAACCUGGACAUGUUUUAGUUUUUCGCUGCACUGAUGUGAACCUGAAGAUGCACGGACAACGAACGAUUGAAUGCCUGUCAAAUGGAAAAUGGGAUCAGCCAUAUCCGAAAUGUGAAGAGAUUAGAUGUGAAGCUCCACGUGACCAGCAUGUCUAUAGGUCAUACGAAUACUUCAGAGGAGAUAUGAAACUAGGAGCAAGAAGAUCUUACCGCUGUGAGUCUGGGUAUGAGAAAAUGGCAGAAGACGCCACAUGUACACGAGACGGAUGGACACCAAAUCCACUGUGUGCUAAGAGUGGAUGUGAAGCUCCACGUGACCAGCAUGUCUAUAGUCCAUCCCAAUACUUCAGAGGAGAUAUGAAACUAGGUGCAAGAAGAUCUUACCGCUGUGAGUCUGGGUAUGACAAAAUGGCAGAAGAGGCCACAUGUACACGAGACGGAUGGACACCAAAUCCACUGUGUGCUGUCUCAGUGAAAUGUGGGCCACCGCCACGAGUGAACAAUGCAGAUACAGUAGAAAUGACAAAAAAGGAAUACAAUACAGGGGAGAGAGUUGAAUACAUCUGCUUUAACAAAUACAUAUUGGAUCAGCGUCACUCUUUCACCAAAUACUUGACUUGUCAGCAAGGCCAGUGGACAGGAAAUGUUAAGUGUUUAAAGCCCUGUACAGUGACGAAGGAGUUAAUGGCUGAAAGGGGUAUAGAUUUGGCCUAUGUUAAUCAACAAAAGAUGUUUGCACCACAUAAUGAUCACAUCACCUUUGUGUGUCUGAGGGGCAAAAAUCCAGUAGGUAUUACUGACUUCAGACAAAAGUGUAAUGAUGGAGAGAUCAAUUUGCCUGAGUGUGUGUGACAGUGGAAAUAAAACAUAGAUGAAGCAUCAGCUGUACUAUUAAGCAAAAAACAAAUGAGCAGAUCAAAAUAAAUUUAUCCCAAAUCAAUUUGUAUGUUUUGGAUUUCUUGCAAGAAAAAGACAAAACCAAACAAACAAAAAAUUAAAGUACUAAAUAUAAAAUUCUUUAGAUGUGCAAGUAUGAAAAUUAUAUUAACCUUUUAACUAGGGGUGUAACGAUACACUAAUGCCACGGUUUGGUUUGGUUCACAUUUUUGGACCCACGGUUCGGUUCUGUUUGUUGUGGGGGGCUAGGGUCUAAGAACACUAGAUUCCCUUUUAACUUAAUUAUAAUAAUAAUAAUAAAACACUAAUAAUAAAUACAGCUGUGUAAGGUCCACGCACUUGGCCCAAAGAAGGUAUCAAAUGCUGGAUGAAGGUUUCCUGCGUGUUCGGGCUUUUCAGCACGCAAAGUUAUUAAAUUUAGGUUAAAUUCAAAUCUGACUCCAUUUUAUUAUCUAAUCUGACUCCAUUUUAUAAUGACCUCGCAUUUGGGUUAGAAUGGCAAUUGCUACCAUUCAUAGGAUAAUUUAUCUAGACAUCUGAUUAUUCUAUUUAUUCUUUAAUAUUAUUGUACUCGUUCAUUCGGGUGCUCAUGUCGCACAAAGAUAUCGCUUCGGCCGUUAUUAGCAUAUCUUACGGUCACAUUCUUGUCAGUCUUGGUUAUUAAACAGAGGUAAUUGGCUAAUACUGUAGACGGCCGCUCCUGUGCUUGCUCAUUCUAAAAGUACUUUUAUUUAGCCCCCAUAGAUUUGUACACACUUGAAUAAAGCAACAGUAUUUCUAGCCAGAGGCCACGACCGCUACUAUAGAUAUAAGCCGACCAACAUUACUUUCCCUGAUAGUAGCUUUAGUAUGGUCAUACCAUGGUUUCCCAUGUACACUUAGCUAGAGUAAUAUUACAAUAAACAGAGGUUAGGCUCACCCUCUUUAGGUUGGUCGAACAACAUUCAGUUGACCUAAACGGAAAUUCACUAUAAGCCCUUACAAUCUAAGUACACUUGAACUAAUACCAAGUGUUAGCCAUAUCCCUAAGUAUACAGUUGGUGUGCCCUAUGCUCCAUCUCAACUGAAUUUUUGUCCGUUACUAACCUGACGCAGGAAAUGUGGUAACAAGGAUACAUUGUAAUUUACUAGAGUCAAUAAUUACAGAGUAAAACAGAAUAAAAUCAAAUGUAACAAUUUAUUAUUAAUCAGGUAAAUAUGUAUUAUGUCAAUUACAAAGCCAAUUCAAAGAUAUCAAAUCAAUAUAAGAUAUCAAAAUCUCAAAGAUGAAUCUGAGAGUAAUAUGCAUACCUGACUUGAGAAAAAUACAUAGUAUGAACACACUUCAUAUACCACGGGCUCAUUCUGACUACAGAAGGCCCUGAUCUUCUUGCAAGAUUUCCUUAAGGAACUCUGACCAAGAUAAACAUCCCCCGAAAUGGAGACAGGAACUAACCAUUUGAAUUUGCAUUGAUCAAGUAGAGUUAUCACCUUUUGGGACAGAAGGUAAUUUGCAUGAACGGCACUGGGAACUGACCCGCCCUCUACAGUGUGCAAAAUAGCCCUAAACUCUUAGGAUCUGUAUUACCUUUUAGUUUACUUCUUGUAAGAAUGAGAACAUUGUACCAGACGCCCUGAGACAAUUCAAAUGAUACCAAACGUGACUGCAAAUAUCACCUGCAUUCAUGUAGAAUAUUAUAUCCUACUUGUUACGUCUGGGGACGUAUCUCUCUCUCUUUCUCUCUCUUUUUCUCUCUC